AUGAAGUACUCUCCAGCAAUAGCGUCCAUGAGUCUCGGCCGAGCCUGGGUCCACGACUUCACCAAGAAGAUCAAAGCCGCAUCCACAUCAGGCUUCCGCGGCAUCGAAAUCUUCUACGAGGAUCUCGAAUACCUGGCACGACAAAUCGACCCUUCAGCACCCAAAGACGCCACACCUUCUCCCUCCCAAUUACUAGCAGGCGCAAAGAAGAUGAAGGAGAUCUGCAACGAAAGCAACUUGACAAUCAUCGGACUACAGCCAUUCCUAUUCUACGAAGGCCUCAAAGACCGAAAACAACAUGACAAAUUGAUCGAAAAACUGCACGUCUGGUUCGACAUUGUGGAUAUCUUGGACACAAACACCAUUCAGAUUCCUGCAAACUUCUUGCCCAAAGACCAGAUCACCGGAGACAUGGACACCAUCGUGGCGGAUAUGGUCAAAGUCGCCGAUUUGGGUGCAAACCGCGCGAAACCAAUCCGCUUUGCGUAUGAAAAUCUUUGCUGGAGCACUUAUAUCGAUACUUGGGAUGCAGCCUGGGAAGUCGUGCAAAGAGUGGAUCGCUCAAACUUUGGAAUGUGUUUGGAUACUUUCAAUAUCGCUGGGAGAGUCUGGGCGGAUCCUGCUUCUGCGACGGGUAUGGUGGAGGAUGCUGAGAAUGCUUUGAAUGCAUCGUUGGCUGAGAUGGUCGAGACGAUUGAUGUGGCUAAGGUGUUUUACAUCCAAGUCGUGGAUGCGGAACGCGUUGAUCCGCCUCUGGAUGAUAAGCAUCCUUUCCAUGCUGAAGGUCAACCGGCUCGCAUGUCAUGGUCACGCAAUGCUCGAUGCUUCAUCUACGAAACUGACAGGAAUGCUUAUCUGCCUGCGGAAAGAGUCGCCAGAGCAAUUAUCGAGGGUUUGGGCUAUGAAGGUUAUGUAUCUAUGGAGUUGUUCUCGCGAACACUCUCAGAUGCGGCGCCAGAUGUUCCUGAGACUCAUGCUCAGCGCGGUAUCGAAGCUUGGGAGAAGUUUGUGAAGGCUUUGGACCUCAAGUUGAAAGCUUGA